AUGGCUAUGAGAAGACUGGCUGCAGGCCCGGCGCCUCUACGAGCCAAGGAGGCGUCACCGUUUCUAAGCACCAAAUAUCCCGUCAUUGACCACGAGUACGAUGCGCUCGUCGUUGGUGCCGGUGGCUCCGGUCUGCGAGCAGCCUUCGGUCUUGCUGAGGCCGGCUUCAACACUGCCUGUAUAUCGAAGCUCUUCCCUACCCGAUCUCACACAGUCGCCGCUCAGGGUGGUAUCAAUGCCGCCCUCGGAAACAUGCACGAGGACGACUGGAGAUGGCACAUGUACGAUACUGUGAAGGGUUCCGACUGGCUUGGUGAUCAGGAUGCUAUUCACUACAUGACACGUGAGGCUCCGGCUUCUAUUGUUGAGCUGGAGAACUACGGUUGCCCGUUCUCCCGAACUGAGGACGGCAAGAUCUACCAGCGAGCUUUCGGUGGUCAAUCCCAGAAGUUCGGUAAGGGUGGCCAGGCAUACAGAUGUUGCGCCGCCGCCGAUCGAACGGGACACGCCCUUCUGCACACACUCUACGGUCAAUCUCUGCGACACAACACCAACUACUUUAUUGAGUUCUUCGCCAUAGAUCUAAUCAUGGAGGACGGCGAGUGCCGCGGUGUCCUGGCGUACAACCAGGAAGACGGAACCCUGCACCGAUUCUUGGCCCAAAAUACUGUCUUGGCUACUGGUGGCUACGGUCGUGCCUACUUCAGCUGCACUUCCGCGCACACUUGCACGGGUGACGGUAUGGCCAUGGUUGCCCGUGCCGGUCUUCCCAACCAGGAUCUCGAGUUCGUUCAGUUCCAUCCUACUGGUAUCUACGGAGCUGGCUGCCUGAUCACUGAGGGUGCUCGUGGUGAGGGUGGUUACCUCCUGAACUCUGAGGGUGAGCGUUUCAUGGAGCGUUAUGCUCCUACUGCCAAGGAUCUUGCCUCUCGUGACGUCGUUUCCCGAUCCAUGACCAUGGAAAUCCGCGACGGACGUGGUGUUGGUGCUGACAAGGACCACAUCUUCCUCCAACUCAGCCAUCUCCCCGCUGAGAUUCUUGCUGAGCGUCUGCCUGGUAUCUCUGAGACUGCUGGUAUCUUCGCUGGUGUCGAUGUCCGCAAGCAGCCCAUCCCCGUUCUGCCCACUGUCCACUACAACAUGGGUGGUAUCCCGACACGAUACACUGGUGAAGUCCUAACGGUUGAUGAGAGCGGAAAGGACAAAGUUGUUCCGGGUCUGUUCGCUUGCGGUGAAGCCGCCUGCGUGUCCGUCCACGGUGCCAACCGUCUGGGUGCCAACUCUCUGCUUGAUCUGGUCGUCUUCGGCCGUGCUGUCUCGCACACCAUCCGCGAUAACUUCACUCCCGGCCAGAAGCACAAGCCGAUUAGCGCUGAUGCUGGUGCUGAUUCUAUCGAGGUUCUCGACCACAUCCGCACCGCAGACGGCCCUAAGAGCACAGCCGAGAUCCGCUUGGCCAUGCAGAAGACCAUGCAGACAGACGUCAGCGUCUUCAGAACGCAGGAGAGCUUGGACGAGGGCGUCCGAAAGAUCAACGAGGUCGACCAGACGUUCGCCCAGGUCGGCACCAAGGACCGCAGCAUGAUCUGGAACUCUGACCUUGUUGAGACCCUCGAGCUAAGGAAUCUGCUCACUUGCGCUACCCAAACUGCCACCGCUGCUGCUAACCGAAAGGAGUCUCGUGGUGCUCACGCCCGCGAGGACUUCCCCGACCGUGACGAUGUUAACUGGAUGAAGCACACCCUCACCUUCCAGAAGCAGCCUCACGGCAAGGUCGACCUGGCAUACCGUGAGGUUAUUGGGCACACUCUCGACGAGAACGAGUGCAAGGCCGUCCCUCCGUUCAAGCGUGUGUACUAA